AUGGCCGACGACACGGCAACCUCUGCGGCUCCGGCUGGUGAGACAAAGCGGCCCGAGAAGCCUGACGAGGCCAAGUACAAGGCUGCUCUUGCUCAAGCUGAGAAGGAUCACACUUCUGCCCAGAAUGCUUUCAAAGCUGCCAAGCAGAAGUGGGAUGAUGCUCGUAGCGGUGGCAGCAGCAAGGACCCCAACGACCGCUUCUCUCAGAUCGUCGAAGAGCAGAAAAGCAUCCGCGCAAAGCAGGCCGAGCACAAAGCUUCCAAGGGCGGACAGCAGGACAAGCUCAGCAAGAACGAUGCCGACAUGAAGAAGCUUAUGAACGAGCAGAAGGAGAUGCGCUCCCGAUCUGGCUUCAAGAGUGCUGAUGAAAUCGACAGCAAGGUCAAGUCUCUACAGGCCAACGUCGACAGUGGUCGCAUGAAGGUGGUCGAUGAGAAGAAGACGCUUGAUGAGAUCCGAAAUCUGAACCGUCAGAAGAAGCAAUUCGGCGAGAUGGACGGUCUGCAAAAGCGCAUCGAUCAGCUAAAGCUCGAGAAUACCGAACUCCGCAAGACCUUCGACAACUCUGAGGUUCGAGAGCUAUCAGCCAAAUACGAUGCGAAUCAGAAGGAGCUUGAUGAGAUCAAGAGCGCCCGUCAGUCCACCAAAGACAGCCGUGAUACCAUCAAGGCCGACAGGGACGCCGCCUACAACAAGCAGCAGGAGGCCUACCUCGCCAUCAGAAAGCUCAAGGACGAGCACUACGCUGGCCUGCGUGAGUACAAGGAGUACAACGACAAGAUCUACGCCGCCAAGCGAGAGCGACAGAAGGCCGAAAGGGAUGCUUACGAAAAGGAGAAACGGCGCAAGGUCGCCGAGGCUCGUCUGGAAGAUGCAUCUGCGCCCGCGUUCUACGAGGAGCUCCGUGCUGCCGAAUCGCUCAUCAAGCACUUCGAUCCAUCGUACACCGCAGACGAGAAGACAACUGACACAAGCAAGUUUGCCGCCUCAGCUGAGCGCUCCGUGGACGACUCCAAGUUCAAGGACAUGAAGGUGGUCAAGAAGGAAGAGGAAGACUUCUUUGUUGGUGGCGGUGGAAAGAAGAAGAAGGGUAAGAAGACUACUUCAACAAAGUCCACAAUGAAUCUCAGUCCCGACAUCAUUGAGAACUGCAACAAGGUGGGAGUCGAUCCUCCUAGCUCGCAAGCCGAUGUUCCUGCCACCAUUGAGAAGCUCAAGGAGAAGGUCGCUGCCUGGAAGAAGGAUCAGCAGAGCCAGACCGAGAAGAAUAUCGAGAAAGCCAAGAAGGAGAUCGAGAAACUCGAGGCCGAUGGUGCCAAUGGGACAGCGACCGAAGAGGCGCCUGCUUAUACCUCUGCAUGA